UCAGUGCGCGGCUCAACCCCGACGGCUGACUGAACGCAGAAGAGCCGGAGAAGCGCUCCGCUCGUCGGGUUUCUUCGUUUCCCAGGCUGGUCUCCACGGGAAUAUACAGCCUCCGGACCGACUGCGUGUUGGUUCACGUCCCCCUGGGGGGUCGAGGGAGGAAAGAAAAAAAAACAGAGAGGGAGGAAUAGGGAAAGAGAGCUAGAGAGAGAGAGAGAGGGAGAAGAGACGCUGGACUUGCUGUAGGUCUGCGGGGCUGGUCGCCUCUCUCUGGUUCGGGGAGCCUCGGGGGCGAUGCUGCUGGGCGGGGAUGGUGCACGGUUUCUGCCCGGUGGCGGAGAAGAUGCGAGCCGCUGCUACAACACACCCGCACCGCCGGCGUCGUAUUUUCCGAAAACGAAUUGAUGAUGGUGAUGAUGCUGCCUCCCCCAGUGGUCUUUUUCUGCUCCUCCGGAUCCUACUCGUCCGGGAUUCUUGUUCUCCCAACCUUGGAUUAUAGAUGAUUGUUGUGGACAUUAAUUUUCUUUUAAUUUCAUCAACACAUUUUUUUUAUCGGCGGGGAAGUGGGCAAGGUAUAAAUUGGUAGAUUGAGGACCGGUGUAUUUUCGUCUCCAAGUGCGCGCAAUCACGCCCAAAAUCAGUGACCGACGCCUUGGUGAAGAGGAGGGGGAGGAGGAGGAGGAGGAGGGGGAUGCCGCACCGUCCAUCACCAAAUAUCAACAAAUGUCACCAGGCUCGGAUUUUGGGGAAGCCCCCCUCGGUUGGCGUUUGCGUGUAACCCGAGUGGCGUGGUGGCAGUGAGAGGUGGCAGCAGGGACAUCUGCCGUGCCACAUCAAACAUUGCGGAUAUAUGGCACAAGAAUAAAUGAAUUAUUAAAGAUUUUACUCUUAUCUAUUUCUAUUUUUAUCUCGAAGGGAAAAAAAGGACCUGGGGAGGGGAAAAAGACAACUGCAGAUGCUGUCAAGAUGCACUAGGCUGUUGAGAGGGGAAAAAGACGCAGUCUCCAGCUAGGGUAGCCUACUUAGUGGAGAUGAUUGCAAUAUUUAUUUAAAACGCACAGCUAUGCAUCCUCAUCGCAUGUAUUCAAGGUGAUCGAUUUGUUUGCCUAUUGAAAUGCAAGCACCGGCUCACUCUUGGAGAGGUUUUUCCCGACCAAAAAAAUAAAAACAGGAUGCCUUGCUUUUCGACGGAGAGAAAACGCUGAUGCUCUGACAAGAGAUAACAUUUUUUGAGUUUCCCACCCGCCAAUAAAACCAAUCGUGUGUUCUUUUUCCUGUCAGAGAACUGAUUUGCCAGAAAUUACAUAAACACAUCGCUCUAUUUCCCAUUCAUAUUCCAAACACACGAUCAGAGACACCGUGCGCUUUCCCUCUCCCCCCUCUCUCCCUCCCCUCUUCUCUCCUCCUCCUCCUCCUUCCCCCCUCCCUCUCCACACACAAAUGGAGGUAUCUUCUCGGCGCUGAAGAUCUGGGAAGGAGACACAGAUAGAUAGAAGGAGAAGGACACACAGAGAUAACCCAACUCAACCCAACUCCAUUCUGCAUGUGUGUUUGGAGCCGAGGCUGAUGGGGUGGUGGCAUGUGGAGGUGUCACUCUGAGGUUCCCCCCCGGCUCCUUCCUAACCUCUGGCGUUUGGUGUCUGCAGAAUGGCGCGUUUUGGAGACGAGCUACCCAACAGGUAUGGAGGAGGAGGAGGUGGUGGUGGCGGUGGUGGCGGGGGUGCCGGCGGACAAGGGGGGCCCGGCCGCGGCGGCAGCAGGCAAGGGGGGCCCCCUGGAGCGCAGCGGAUGUACAAGCAGUCGAUGGCCCAGAGAGCCCGGACCAUGGCCCUGUACAACCCCAUACCCGUCCGGCAGAGCUGCCUAACGGUCAACCGCUCCCUCUUCCUCUUCAGCGAAGACAACCUGGUGAGGAAGUACGCCAAAAAGAUCACCGAAUGGCCUCCAUUUGAAUGGAUGAUCCUCACCACCAUCAUUGCAAACUGCAUCGUCCUGGCUCUGGAACAGCACCUUCCCGAUGGAGACAAGACACCUCUGUCUGAACGACUGGAGGAGACGGAGCCCUACUUCAUAGCCAUCUUCUGUUUUGAAUCGGGGAUAAAGAUCCUGGCUCUUGGUUUUGCGUUACAUAAGGGCUCCUAUCUGAGGAACGGCUGGAAUGUCAUGGACUUCGUGGUCGUGCUCACCGGUAUUUUGUCGUCAGUGGGGUCUCAGUUUGACCUGAGGACACUACGAGCCGUCAGAGUGCUGCGACCACUGAAACUGGUGUCUGGGAUUCCCAGCCUGCAGGUGGUGCUCAAGUCCAUUAUGAAGGCUAUGAUCCCCCUGCUGCAGAUUGGCCUGCUGUUGUUCGUGGCCAUCCUCAUGUUCGCCAUCAUCGGCCUGGAGUUCUACAUGGGAAAGUUCCACACUACCUGCUACGACAAAGUCACACGAGAGCAAGUGGACGAUGACCCAUGUGGCACAUCGCCGUCGGCCCGGAUGUGUCCUAAUGGCACAGUGUGCGAAGGUAGCUGGAUUGGACCCAACUACGGCAUCACCCAGUUCGACAACAUCCUGUUUGCUGUGCUCACCGUCUUCCAGUGCAUCACCAUGGAGGGAUGGACAGACAUGCUCUACUACAGUAAUGAUGUGGAGGGCAGUGCCUGGAACUGGAUGUACUACAUCCCCCUCAUCAUCAUCGGCUCCUUCUUCAUGCUCAACCUGGUGCUGGGUGUACUCUCAGGUGAAUUUGCCAAAGAGAGAGAGCGAGUGGAGAACAGGAGCGAGUUCCUCAAGCUAAGGCGACAGCAGCAGAUUGAGAGAGAGCUCAACGGAUACCUGGAGUGGAUCUGCAAAGCAGAGGAGGUGAUUUUGGCUGAGGAGGACGGCACAGGGAACUUUGAUGGUUCGAGGCGGAGGCCAACCAUCAAAACCAAAAAUAACAAGACAGAGCUGCUGAACCCUGAGGAAGGGGAGGACAACAUGGGGGAUGCAGUAGGUUUUGCCCGCUCCAGUAUAAAGAGCGGUAAGGAUGGCAAUUACAGUAAGAAGGAGCGGCGAAUGCGAUUCUUCAUCCGCAAGAUAGUGAAGACGCAGGCUUUUUAUUGGACUGUGCUCUGCCUGGUGGGCCUCAACACCAUGUGUGUGGCUGUGGUGCAUUACAACCAGCCUGAGCUGCUCUCUGACUUCCUCUUCUAUGCAGAGUUUAUCUUCCUCGGUUUGUUCAUGUCUGAGAUGUUGAUCAAGAUGUAUGGUCUGGGCAUACAGCCCUACUUCCACUCCUCAUUCAACUGCUUCGACUGUGUGGUCAUUGUGGGCAGUAUCUUCGAGGUGGUGUGGGCCACCAUCAAACCAGGAACAUCCUUUGGGAUCAGUGUGUUACGAGCUCUGCGACUGCUCCGCAUCUUCAAAGUCACCAAGUACUGGGCCCCUCUUCGAAACCUGGUGGUUUCUUUGCUCAACUCCAUGAAGUCCAUCGUCAGUUUGCUGUUCCUCCUCUUCCUCUUCAUUGUGGUCUUUGCCUUGUUGGGGAUGCAGCUGUUUGGAGGACAAUUCAACUUUGAAGAGGGGACCCCGCCCACUAACUUUGACACUUUUGCAGCAGCGAUCAUGACAGUGUUUCAGAUCCUGACAGGAGAAGACUGGAACAUGGUGAUGUACAAUGGAAUUGAGUCCCAAGGAGGAGUGAACGACAAAGGGAUGGUGUUCUCCAUCUACUUCAUCGUCCUCACACUUUUUGGCAACUACACUCUGCUUAACGUCUUCUUGGCCAUCGCUGUCGACAAUCUGGCUAACGCCCAGGAGCUCACCAAGGACGAGGAGGAACAGGAGGAAGCUGCCAAUCAGAAGACGGCACUGCAGAAGGCCAAGGAGGUGGCAGAGGUCAGCCCGCUGUCAGCAGCCAACCUGUCUAUUGCUGCUAAAGAGCAGCAGAAGAACCACACCAAGGGCAACAAGUCAGUGUGGGAGCAGAGAACGAGUGAAAUCCGCAGACAGAACCUGAUGACGAGUCGUGAGGCGCUCUACAACGAGCUAGAGCAGGAUGAUUGGAAGGUGGGAGGUGAAGGGGAGGAGAUGUCCUACCCACGAAAAGGACGUGGUGAUAUGAAGACCCACCUGGACCGGCCACUGGUGGUCAACCCCCAGGACAACCGCAACAACAACACCAACAAGACCCAACCUGGGGAGGUGCCUCUGGAGCAGGAGUACCGGCGUCAGGAUAUGGACCACUACCGCAGAGCCGCCCACCACUAUCACUACCACCACCAUCAUCAGAAAGUUGUUGGGCCGGACAAUGGAGAGACAGGUCAACCGGCUGAGACCCGCAUGGAGCAUGGCUUCAGCUGCACGUCCCUGGGCAAUGUAGAAGGCCAACAGGGGGAGGAGAGGCACAGCCACAGGAGCCACAGGAGCCACCGGUGCAGGAACAGGGAAGGCAGGGAGGCUCGCAGCGUGUCUCCCCACCAUAGCGAGGGGGUUGAGGGGCACAACGAACACAGAAGAUCCCGGCAGCACCGCAGAGCAGCCAGGGAGGGGGAGGAAGGCAGGAGACACAGAUCCAGGGGAACAGAGGGAGAGGGGGAGAAAGGCGAGGAAGGGGAAGGACGGAAGACGAGAAGGCAUCGCCACGGCAACCAGGAGAGGAGCAGAGGACAUCGCACCAGAAAAGAGCACCACAGCACUGGGCCCAGCCUCUCCACCACUCGCCCCAUACAGCAGUACAACGAGGACCUUGACAACUUCCGCAACAACAGCAAGCUGGCCAGUGCCCAUGAACAUCCUUACGCCCUCCCACCAGAUCACCCUGACCAUCCUGACCACAUCAACAACCUGCUGAACUGCCGUGACGCAGACACCCACACCCUGCUCCACAGCAUGGACAGCCUGAUCCUGACCAGCAUGGCCAAACCUGAGUACACAAAGAUAGACAUGCCACCCAUCUACCCCUACCCCUCCACCAACGCCAUCCUGCAAGUGAACAAGAAUGCCAACACUGACCAGAAAAAGAAUGAAGAGAAGAAGGAGGAGGAAGACGAGGGAGGAGAUGAAGACGGCCCCAAACCUAUGCCUCCCUAUAGCUCCUGCUUCAUAAUGUCCACCACAAACCCGUUUCGAAAGUGCUGUCACUACAUCCUGACUCUGAAGUAUUUUGAGUUCAGCAUCCUGUCUGUCAUCGCUAUGAGCAGCAUCGCCCUCGCCGCAGAGGACCCCGUCUGGCCUGAGUCACCGCGAAACAAUGUGCUGCGUUAUUUUGACUACGUUUUCACAGGCGUCUUCACAUUUGAAAUGUUGAUCAAGAUGGUGGUGCUGGGCUUGUUUCUCCACCAGGGUUCCUACUUCCGCGACUUGUGGAACAUUCUGGACUUUAUAGUGGUUAGUGGUGCUCUUGUGGCCUUCGCCUUCACGGGGAGCAGCAAGGGCAAAGACAUCAGUACGAUCAAGUCCCUUCGUGUGCUGAGGGUGCUGCGUCCUCUAAAGACCAUCAAACGACUCCCCAAGUUAAAGGCUGUGUUUGACUGUGUGGUCAACUCUCUGAAGAAUGUGCUGAACAUCUUGAUUGUUUACAUGCUAUUCAUGUUCAUCUUCGCUGUGGUGGCCGUGCAGCUCUUCAAAGGCCGCUUCUUCUACUGCACGGAUGAAUCCAAAGAGUUUGAGCGUGACUGCAGGGGCGAGUUCUUGGUGUAUAAUGGAGAUGAGGUUAAAGCUCAGAAGCGGGAGUGGAAAAAGUACGAUUUCCACUACGACAACGUGGCUUGGGCCCUGCUCACCCUGUUCACUGUCUCCACUGGAGAGGGGUGGCCACAGGUGUUAAAGCACUCAGUGGACUCCACCUAUGAGAAUCAGGGCCCUAGCCCGGGCUAUAGGAUGGAAAUGUCCAUCUUUUACGUGGUGUACUUCGUUGUCUUCCCCUUCUUCUUCGUAAACAUCUUUGUGGCUCUCAUCAUCAUCACCUUCCAGGAACAGGGGGAUAAGAUGAUGGAGGACUACAGCUUAGAAAAGAAUGAGAGAGCUUGUAUAGAUUUCGCCAUCAACGCCAGGCCUCUGACUCGCCACAUGCCGAAGAAUAAACUGAGCUUCCAGUAUCGCAUGUGGCAGUUUGUGGUGUCUCCACCCUUCGAGUACAGCAUCAUGGCUCUGAUUGCGCUCAACACCAUCGUCCUUAUGAUGAAGUUUGACGGUGCAUCAAAAACGUACGAUAAGGUACUGCAGAACCUCAACAUUGUGUUUACCUCCUUCUUCUUCUUGGAGUCAGUCUUCAAGAUCAUCGCUUUCGGCCCUCUGAAUUUCUUCAGAGAUGCCUGGAACAUUUUUGAUUUUGUCUCCGUGAUUGGAAGCAUCACGGACAUAUUAGUGACAGAACUAGGGAAUAAUUUCAUCAACUUGAGCUUCCUGAGGUUGUUCAGAGCAGCUCGCCUCAUCAAGCUGCUGAGACAGGGAGAGACCAUCCGCAUCCUUCUGUGGACCUUCGUCCAGUCCUUUAAGGCUCUGCCAUACGUGUGCCUCCUCAUUGCCAUGCUCUUCUUCAUCUAUGCCAUCAUCGGCAUGCAGCUGUUUGGGAAUUUGGCACUAGAUGACAAAAAAGAUUCUGCCAUCGACGAGCACAAUAACUUCAGAACCUUCAUCAUGGCCCUAAUGCUGCUGUUUAGGAGUGCUACGGGUGAGGCGUGGCAUGACAUCAUGUUGGCUUGCCUGGGUGGUAAGGAAUGCGACCCGGACUCAGGGAACACAGAACCUGAAUGUGGCAGCACCUUUGCCUACACCUACUUUGUCUCCUUCAUCUUCCUCUGCUCUUUCCUGAUGCUGAAUCUCUUUGUGGCUGUCAUCAUGGACAACUUUGAGUACCUGACCAGAGACUCCUCUAUCCUGGGGCCUCAUCACCUGGACGAAUAUGUAAGGAUAUGGGCCGAGUACGAUGCCGCCGCCUGCGGGCGCAUACAUUAUAAGGAUAUGUACAGUUUAUUGAGAGUUAUCUCCCCUCCCCUGGGCCUUGGCAAGAAAUGCCCACAUAGGGUGGCCUGCAAGAGGCUGCUGCGCAUGGAUCUGCCGGUUGCUGAUGACAACACGGUGCAUUUUAACUCCACUCUCAUGGCUCUGAUCAGGACAGCACUGGAUAUAAAGAUUGCCAAGGGCGGUGCAGACAAGCACCAGAUGGAUGCAGAGCUGAGAAAGGAGAUGAUGGCCAUUUGGCCAAACUUAUCGCAGAAGACGCUGGACCUGCUGGUUACACCGCACAAGGCAGCCACAGACUUGACGGUGGGCAAAAUCUACGCAGCCAUGAUGAUCAUGGAAUACUACCGGCAGAGCAAGACGAAAAAGCUGCAGGCCCUGCGAGAGGAACAGAACCGAACGCCAUUAAUGUUUCAGCGCAUGGAGCCGCCCUCUGAGGGAGGGGGCAUGGAUGGCCAGGGGGGUCAAGGCCUCAACGGCCUCCCCAGCACCCAGCCAGAUAACCUCAACAGCAUACCUCCCGAGGGUGGCAUGACUGAGAGCCAAUCGUGGGUGACGGCCAAAGCCCAAGAAAUGUUCCAAAAGACGGGUAACUGGAGCCCCGACAGACCCUAUCCCGAUGAUCUCCAUGACAACCGUCACAACCCGCAGACGGUAGAGAUGAGGGAGAUGGGGCGGGACGGGUACUCCGACACUGAGCCCUAUCACCUAAUGGAUGGGCAUGGGCGGACCCUCUCCAUGCCCCGCCUCUCGGCAGACAACCAAAGAGCUCAUGCUGUUUCGCGGAGGAGACACAGGCCUCGCGGAAAUAACCUCAGUACCAUCACCGACACCAGUCCGAUGCGACGCUCCACCUCCAGCCUGGUCCACGGGCGUACGGGCCGAGGCGUGAGGCUGGACGACUACUCCCUAGAGAGGGUGGUGUCUGAGGAGGGGAGGCACGGAGGAGGACGCAGACACAGGGACAGAAGUCACCGGGCCUCGCAGCGCUCCCUGACCAGAUACACCGACGCUGACACGGGCCUGGGCACAGACCUUAGCACCACCACGCAGUCGGGCGACCUUCCACCUAAGGAGCGCGAGCGGGACCGCGGCCGGACCAAGGACCGUCGUCACCACCAUCACCACCAUCACCAUCACAGCUCCAUGGACAAGGAGCGCUACGGCCCCGACAGGCACGACUACCCCCACAGGCAUCCCCACGACCGCCACUGGUCCCGCUCACCCAGCGAGGGGCCUGAUGGACGAGGACACAGACAGGGCAGUAGUUCGGUGAGCGGCAGCCCGGUCCCCUCCACCUCGGGGACCAGCACUCCGCGGAGAGGCCGUCGCCAGCUGCCCCAGACCCCUGCUGUCCCCCGUCCACAUGUCACCUACUCCCCCGCUGUCCGCAAGCCCAGCUACGGCCCCCCAGGGCCGGGCCGACUGCGCUCGCCCUCUCCCCGACACUUCUCCCCACCAGACCAUGACAGAGGCUACCACCACCGACCCCCGUCACGCCAAGCUUCUCCCCACCAUGGGGGAUCCUCGUCCCGGCACGGUUCACCGCGCUCCCCUAGGCACCAGUCCCCACGCUCACCCCUCCACGGCUCGCCCAGGUCCCCUCACCGAGGCCGCUGGAGCGGGCCUCCGCCUGGGGACAGCCUGGAGGGAGACGGGCCUUUCUACGAGCGUGACUACGAGUAUGAGCGACACCAUGAGCCCCCUGCCUAUGAGCAAAGCCUUUCCCAUGGCAACCCACACCCACAUGGGGGAAAUCCUCACCCACACCCACGCUCACCUAGGACUGCCCGCCACGGGCCCCCUCCGCCCCCUCACCCGCAUCCACGUAGGGUGCCCAAUGGCUACCGCUCAUCCUCACCUUCGCCACAUCGGCGGGGGCCACCUGGAGUUCCCCCCCAUCCACAUCACCGCCCCCCCCAUGUCCGAGGGCCCCGCAAGGGCCUGCACGAACCUUAUAGUGAGACGGAUGAGGAUGACUGGUGCUAGCAACCACAGGGAGCGAGGGAUAAGGGCAGGAGAGGAGAAGAAGAGCAGCCUCCGGUGCUCUGGCCUUGGAUAUGUAGACUUUUAACAAAGCAGAGGUGGUGAAAAUGUUUUGUGGGGUUGGACGCCCUCCAAACCCUCCACCUUCACCCCUCGAACUCUAAAUGAGAGGAAAGGGCAGAGGGGAGGGGGGUGAAGGUGCUGCAAAUCGCCUUUUACAGAUUUCGUGUAAGACUCAAAUCAGUGACAGAGCAGCACUUGGAUAACAUGAAAAAGAGACAGCCAAGACAACUAGGGCAAGGCCCGGGCACAGUUUACCUCUGCCUCUCUCAGUCUCAGAACUACACUUCCCAGAAUUCUAUGCUUGACCAGCAAGGCCAGGCUGCAGGAGGAAGAGAGAGUUGUGGGAACAAAAAAACAAGGGAGGAGCAUGUAAAAUUGCCAGGGAUGAUCGCAGUUUACAAGGCCUAAAAGCACUUCUCCCAGACUGUCGCGUGAUUGGUUACAUUUGGUCAGAUGUGUCCUAUCUGUCGCUGGCCAGUCUGCUGAUGUAAAAGCCUGAAAAUGAGCUGGAAGACAGAGUCCACUGCUUUGACUCUGCUCCUCGAACAGAUAUGUUAAAAGAAAAAUAAAUUAACAAAAAGCCAGGACCCCCUAACCCUUACAUGCCAAGCUAUGCCUCCAGAAAAUCAAACUUGAACAAUGAAGAACAAAAUGAAACUUUACAUGACAAACAAUGAAAAGAAAAAAAAGGGAGAACAACCACUUUAUCUUUAACCUUUUUCCUUUCCAAGGGACAGAACCAGGAAGCUCCGCCUAUACUGCAAAAACCAGCCAAUCACAGCGCUGGCUGAUAUUUGAUGAGUUUUAUCAUCUCUGUUUACUGUUAAAGACUCACUUAAUGCUGACGGAACUGGUGUGAAAUCACUUCCUGUCUGGCGGUGGUGGUAGUGCAGGGGGGCGGGGCACGUGUGCGCUCACUUCCUGUUCGAGUACGCUACGGGGGGGGCAGUGGGCUCAGAUAACUUGAGAAGGGAGUCGGACACUUCGUCAAGCCCCCUCCUCCUCGGUUACUCGACCCAGCGCAAGGCGCAGGAUGACCUGACAGGAAAUGACGUCACACGAUUGAAUGGGGCGGAGGAGAGGAAAGGAGGGAUGGGGAAAAAGACUAAUUUCUUCAGUAUUUCUUCUAUCAAUUACUUCUCCUUCUUGUUCUUCUUCGGACAUUGGAGCUUGGUUCUUCUGUUGCAUUCGCUCAGCCUCCUUUGAUCUUUUUCGGAGUCCAAAAUUUGAUGGAAACCUGCAUGAUUGAUUAAAUACAUACUAGAGAGGAAAUCUAACUGGUGUGGGUGGGACCUGGGGGCUUUAUAGGAAACUUUGCAUUUAGGUUUACAAAAGAAGUUCUCUUCUUUCAGACUCUCUCUUUCUCUCUCUUACAUCUCAAAUGUAAUUUUUAGUUUUUACUCGAAACAGGUUUUGACAGUCGGCUGUUUUGUUUGUCUCUGCCGAUGUGGUUCAAAAGCUACGUUUCUACAACCUGUUAAAAGACAGGAAACACUGCAGGAUCACAUUGACGUUCCCUGUUGUGCUUGAGAAACAAGAGGGAGAAAGAGUGGAGAGAAGCGGACUUCUACCACACUUGAUUUAUUAUUGUUAAUGAUGAUAGUCUUAUGAAUAAUGAUAUCAAUGUCAAUGCAAAAUGACGAUGACAAUGGUGAUAAUACUGAUGAUUGAUUGAUUGAUUGAUUGAUUGAUUGAUGGAACUGUUGCUGUAGAUUUGUUGUCAUGUUAUUUGGAGUUUGAGUAUGCUAUGUCCAUCUUGUUUACAUCCGUUAUGUUUUUAUCCCCCCGUUCAAUGACGUUUACCGGGUUCCUGAUGCCUUCCUGCAACGUGCAAUGAUGGCUUGGGAACAUUCACUUAGCAGUGUUGCGUGUUGUAACGCAACUCUUAAGAUACACUCUCUCUUCAGAAUGGUGGAGGAAGAGGUCAGGGGAGCUUCAGUACCUGACUUGCAAUGAUUCACAGGGUCAGUACUCUUGUCAAGCCAACCCAAAGAUCAAGAAUUCAUGUUCAGAGGGUGGGGUAGACCAGAUCAUUGAGGAUGUGGAAGAGUUCGUCUGCAUUUUACACUGCAGAGAUUUCAAACAAGCCUGUUAUGCCGAGGUUAAAGUUCUACAAAGGUUGAAUUCUUCCACUUGCAGCCAAAAAAACUACGAAUCUCAAUCUUUUCCCUCUGUCUGGCUCUGUAGUUUUGUAGUGCAAUCAGUUGCCGGCAGUGACAGCACAGUAUUGGUGGUACAGUGUUGGUGUCAGUCAGUAUUAGGUGGUGGUGUUCUCUUUUUUUUGCCACCCGGGGGAAGUUAUCAGCGCACAUUAUCCGCCCUGCCUUCCCCCUCUACAGGACAGCCUCCAGGCCACAUCCUGUUUUCCAGACCGGGAGUGAAACCUCCAUUUGUCUCUUAUGUCUUUGUAAGAUACAAAGAUGAAGUCCAGUCCUAGUCAGAAACAUGGAUGUAGCCCGAGAGACGCCAUAUCUGUCCGUUUGUCGGCCCGUCCUUCUGUCUGCCUGUCUGUGCCAAUGCUGACGGCCCCUCCUUUUCCAAUCCCUUCUCUCAGGUCUGGAUAACCAGAGAACAGUCACCAAAUCAUCGAACAAAUCAUAUUUGAGGUUGUAGCAAAGCUGAAACCUUCUCUGCCAAAACUCACUUCAGUAUCCACCAACCUCUCUUUCCUCAUCUUUCUUUUUUCUGUCCAUUUGCUUUGACAUCUGUUCUUUCAGCUUGCCAGAGAGCGACACUGAAGACACAAAAAGGCAUUACAGGACAGAAACACUUAGAACUAAUAAUUUCAUCCUUAUUGUUAUGAGGGACAACAAUUAUUGAAUAUUCAAUAACUCUAGGACAAGAUGAUAAAGUAUAGAUAAAUAUAGAUGAUAAACUACAUAUAAAUCUAGAUAUAAUACAGUAGGUGUAGUUAUAGAUAGCAGAAUAUAAUUAGAGUUUCAGAUAUUUAUUUAUUUUGCAUACCGUUCAUGCUCAUGACACGGUUGACGAUCUAGCUACUCUUGAAAACCUCGCACUGUUUUCUUCGCAGUCGCAGAAGCCAGAAAACAAACCCCAGUCCACGUGUUUUGACUCUAUGCAGACCUCAUAAGCAUCCUCAUCGUAUUAUUUCGGAGGAGAAACUGCAACGCUGUGGUACUGUAAAAACGGAUUCAUAAAACAGGAGCACGCGGAUCUGAGAAAAUGUGAAGAUCGACACCACGUUUGCACACGUCUCUUGACAUCACACACAGUGAAACCCCUUCCCUUUCAUAUACGUUUGUCGCCCUCCCUCUUCCAGCUGAUCCCUUUCCCCUCCCCAUCUUUCUCUCCUCUCCCUAAACGUGUUGCCUCCAGGCCUAGUAGUUGAGCAUUGCGUAGUAAAGAUGGGGAUAGGGGGGUUUUGUUUUUUGUUGAUUGUUUGUUUGGCGGGAGUCGAGGGGCGCAAACCCCAAACCCCUCUGCCCACACCUCCUAUCAAGUGAGGUCACGGCAGGCGGGGAUGCUUCCCCAAAACCCCCUACAGAGCCACAGUGCCUUCUGUAUCAGAGUCACAUUUGUCACCCCCCAUUCUCCUCGCCCUUAGCAGCUCCCGUCCCCCCCUUACCCUCUGUAGUAAUCGAGAUCAACCACACUACGCCUUAAAAGUCGCGUCCCACCGGCUCCCAUGCUAGCAUAUAAACAGGGAGAGCGGUGAUUUUGAGACUGGGCCAUGGUGAGGAAAUAGCAAAGAGGCUAGACUUGACGUAAGGAAAUCAAUAUCACAUCCGGUAUGGGCUGAAUCGCUUAAAAAACCCAUUCAAACAUACACAGAUUUUUGUAGUUGCCAAAAAUCAUAAGGGAUCCACACAGCUUGAAUCAGAGCCUCAUGGUUUUGACUUUUAAAAACACUAUGGUUGAUACACCGGAUGCUGCUAGCAAGCUAGCCCUCUUGGCUUCACCUCGCUGUUAGGCAUGGCAUUUUGUGUCCAUCCCAAAAAAUGUUGUGGGUCCAGUUUCAGGCGGUGUAGUGAGAGGUUUACAGAGGUGCAAAGCGGUUUGCUUACUUCUCAGGUCCCUCUAGAGUUAGGUAGCUAGAUAGUUAGACAACGUAGGGAAGAGUCAGCUACAAAACAAGCAGGCCUCGGAUUGAGUUAUUGUAUGGUUUUACCUGGCAUGGCGUCAGACGUUGUAAUGUUGACCCCCCCCCCUCCUCCUCUCUCCUUUCACUAACCUGCAUUAAACACCCUGACCCCAUCCGCAGCCUGCCGACGCACCAACACCAACACACCGCCAAGCGUGUUGACAGACAGGCAGGAAAAACCCACCUCCAUUUUGGCUCCACAAUACCACUCGCUUGUCCAGAAUUGUAACAGCGGAUCCAAAAUGGCCGACACACAACACUGCCCUUGUGUGAAAGCAUGUUGUGUGUGUGCUUUUCCGAGAACAAAUCCCAUUCUUUGGGAAAAAAAAAGAAGAAGAAGUGAACAUCUGAGCUUUCUUUGAUUUUUUUAGAGGGUUGGGGGGGGAUUCCAAGUUUUUUGCUAAGUCAUCACUUCUCCCCACAUCUGCUGUCUGUGUCUUCACCUCCGGCUUCUGUCACCCAUCAGUCUUAACCUCAGACUAUUUUUUUUUCUUUUCUUCUUCGCUGUGGGACAAAGGAAAAACUAACCGCACCAACCCAUCCACCCAGUCGGCUGUGAAAUUGUGUCAGUGGGUCAGUCGUGAGGCAACGCGUCGACAAAAACACGAAUAAGGGCUCUCUUUAAAAAAAACUACACAGUGGGUUUUAAUGUACAGUAGUGCUGCCAAAAGUUGUGCUUAUGUAGCUGAAGCCACGCCGUGGUCUCCCCUUUGUACAGCACUAGAUGUGUGCAUGCGUGUGUGUGUGUAGGGGGUCAAGAGCGAGGCAGGGAGGGAGGGGCGGGAGGGUCAAAAGGCACUGAGAGAGAUUUUAAUGAUGUAAGGGACCUGUUUAGGGUGGAGGGGGGGAGUUUGGGGGAGGGGGCAGCAGCAGCAGCAGAGGUCGUAGUGAUGUUAACACACAAUUUCACAAUGGCACUGGACCACUUUUCGGGCUCAUCCUCAUGCUCAGAAGCCAUUUUGUCACCGUCAACCCGUCCACGCUUGGUCCCACGGUGAGGGGGGCGGGGCCACUGCUGCGACAGGGAGACAUUUACUGUGUGCGUUUGUGUGUUGGUGUCUGCAUGAGUGUGUAAGAGUGUGUAUUGGUGUGUGCAGGUGUUUUGACAGGUGUGUGACUGUGUUUAGGGCUGAAACUGAUUAUUUUCAUUAUUGAUUAAUCUGGCACUUUAUAUUUAGGGUUAAACAAUUAGUCAUGUUGUCGAUAAAAUUUCAAAUAAUUGUUUAUAAAAUUUGAAUUUUCUCAUUUUUUAAAUUUAUUUUUUGUUUUAGGAUUGUGGGUGCAAAUUAGCUGAUGAGCUAAACCCUGCACUUUAUCGUCAAUAUACAUAGUGUUUCUUUUUUUAAAAUCUUUAUUGAUUUUAGCAACAAUAAACAAAGACAAGCAUACAUAGCAGUAAGUGCAUAUAUGUAUCCACAAAUACACAAAAAGCUGGACACCUGAACAAAAUCUUGGUGCAACAACCGAAGAUUUAACACGUGUAAUCCACCCCAUCCCAAAAGUGAAAUAAGUAGGAAUAAAAAAUAAAUGAGUGACAUGAAAUAAAGUAAAUCAAAAAAUAUAGGUUGAGGAUUGUGUUAGGGUGAUACACUUCAGUUUAAGAACAUCUUAUAUUGACGAUAAUUAGAAAAAGAAACCUUUGACAGAUUUGGACAUUGCAGAGAUUAACUUGUAGCAUAUCCCCAGUGCCUCUAUCAUGUGGGCUAAGUCUGUCCUCUCCAGAUCACACAUGAAGGGACCCCAGAUGUCAUGAAAGAGUAAUUGAUUACCUCUGAUAGCAUAUGUAUUUUUUCCUCCAAGCGCAGAGUUGUCGAUAAUUCAGAAAUCUACUUACCUAUACUCUGCCUGCCAACCUAUUUCCGUAAAAGAGAAUAAACCUUUUAGCCAUUUCUAAAUUUAAAAAAAGGGUAUCUUCUUCUAAUGUUGUGAUUAGCUAGAUAUAAACUUAGCAUAAAAAGCUUUGGGUCUAGAGGUAUCUGUACGGAUAAUAUGUCCUAGUUUUCUUCUCCAGACUUGAUACAUAUAUCAGGUUUAGCACUAUUAUAUUUAUUAAGCUUUUCUGGGGUUAUAUACAUUUGCAUCAGCUGUAGUUUUUCUUUUAAUAUCAAAUAAAAUGUAAGUAAAACUAAGAAAAUUAAUGUUAAAAAAAGUUGCCUGAUGAGUGAAAAAGUGCAGGAUACAGUUGAUAUAUAUAAGUAACAAGCAAUGACAAUACUGCACAGAAAGGUGCGUCUAUGUCACUAUAUUACCAUGAAAGUGCUUGCAAAUUAUUGUUCAUUAAUGUGCACUAUCCCCUCUAUAGAAAAAGAUAAAUAACAAUAAAUAUCACAAGCUCUGAGAGCCCAAGAAUCAAAUGACAGAUAAUCAAAAAUCCAAAAAUAUUUAAUGAUAUCAAAUGGAGACAAAAAAGUAGGAAAUCCUGUUGGAACCAGAGAAUAUUUGGUGUUUUUGGUUAUUAAAUGACUUAAUUUGUUGAUCAUUAUUGUUUUAUUUUUUUCAAUUAAUUGACAUUUCAGCACUAAGUGUGUGUGUGUAUGCAUGUAAGAGGAAGAUAUGUGAGUGUGUGGACUUGCAUGUAUUUGUUUAUUAUUGCAGAGUGUGUGUGUGAGAGAGAGAGAGUGUGUGUAUGUGUGUGUGUGCACGCGUGUACGUGUCCUGACACCAUCAGCUACAGUAGGUCACCCUCAGUGCCUUACACUGUACAAGACACGACGACUUCUUCCUCUGAGACAAUCACAGCACACACGUGUGAUUUUAACGUCCUCAUCGGCAUCUUCAUCCCCCUCCUCCCCUCUCUCACCCACUCCUCACCUUCCUCUGGGAUCAUUAAGUCAAACCUGGAUGGGCGAGGCGUCGGGGUGGAGGGUGGAGGGUGGGAGGGGUCAGUAGAUAACCAUGUCAUUUCUCUCACCCAUUCUCUCCUGUACCGUCUAUUGUAUAUUUUGGCUCAGUAAUUCUUGUGUAUAUAAUCCAUAAACUUUCUGAAAAACUCAUCAUCUGAUGUUCUCUCUGUGUUUCAUUCGUCUUUUCUUCCUCACACUGACUUCAUGUUCCUGUCUUUCUUCUUCCUAGUUCAUGAUGUAGUACCAUUUCUCAACACAAGGUGGUGGAGUUGAGCUUUCACCAUUAUCACUCAUUAUGAGAGGUGUACUGUAUGUCUGCGCUGUGUAGGUUGAAUGAGUUCAUGCUUACGUGUGUGGGUGUGUUUUGUCUGUCUGCAGCCUGUGUGCUGUGUGCGUCUUUGUAUACGUCUCCAGUUCUUUGUGGAGUCCAGCAGGUAUCAGAGGUGAAUAUCUUUAUGAUUUCUGCACAUUAAUCAAUAAUUAAUUCUCUUGGAUUAAUACUUUGUUCACUCAGAUUCAUUUAUUUGUCCUGUAGGAAGAGUGUGUACAAACUGUAAAACACGCCCAGACACAUUAAACCGGCGUCAAACAAGCAGAGGCAACAAAGGCCGACUGAUGCGUCACCUCAUGUCACCUCUGUCUCAGCCAAAAAGUUGCACCUGAACACAACAGCCAACUAGCACAUACAUUCUGUACCUGCACGAGGGAGCAACUGUCCUGACCAGCAGGUGGCGGUAGUGUGUUUUCAUCAUUCAAAAAGAGAAACUGAGAGACAGAGAGGUCAGGUUCCAGACGCUAGUUAGCAAAACACAAUCCAAUGUUGAAAGAGCAAAGCAUAGUUAAUGUGCGCACACGAACAAUAACAAACAAUUACAAACCUUUUCUGCUUAAGACAACAAAUUUGUUCCGCCCUCUAGGCUUUAGUCAUUUGAUUGCUUUCCUCACUUCCAUUUCUGUUCUCCUCCACUUAACUGAACUCCAGUCAGAGUGAUUUCUUUCACCAACACGCUCAGCCAACUCCAAUGCCGAUUUAAGAUGCGUAAUCAUCCGAAAUAAGGGGCAACAUGGGCCAACUUGUGCAAACCAAUGCGGGACACACCGCAGAAACUACAGCGACAGAUGCUCACCAACAGUCCGAGACUGACCAACGACCCACCAUUGGCUUGGUGUGUUAGGGCCCCUAAGAUGCACUAAUCAAUUACGAGGGGGCAGGAAUAACAAAACUGAUAUGUUAUCACCUUAGGAAGUGCUUAUUGCUAAAGUGUGAGCUAACAGUUAACAACUGACACAGACACAGAGCAACGCUAGCAUUAAUUUGGAGUCAUGUUUGUGUCCAUCUGAUGAACUGAAGUCCAUUAUUCACACUCCUUUUAGCUCUGUUUUGGUCCACACCACCUUCCUAAGAGAAUAUUUGGUUUUUAGAUGUUCACCAGCUAGCUUUAGCCCCUUUUCCACUCAACAAAGAACACCCACAAACACCUGGCUUUUGUCUUCAGACGCAGAGGUUACAAUCGGCUUUCAUUCCCAGGACAAAUGACUCCGCAGUGGUUAAGGGUAUUUAUCCACUCCAGCUCCGACUGUCAGUGUCGGAAACAUCCACACAGAUGGACAAGCUAGUUUUCGCCCCUUUUCUGGCGCAACGCUCGUUGAAUUCUGCAAAUCUUCAUCGUCUGUCUCUGUCUAGCAGCAGCGCUCGAACAUCAUUUUAAAUUAUUCGGCACUGAGUUUGAAAGAGGGACUUAAUAGGUAAUAGAUAUCAAAAAGAAGUAACCACAGUAACAUUUUUACUAGCGUCCACCAUGCUAGCCUACUUUCUACAAUCUACUAACUUGGACAUUCAAGACAUCAAACGUGAUACACCGGAACAAAUUGCUUACUUGUCUAUUGGCAAUGGGAAAGGAAUCUAUCAUCUAUAUUUAUAUUUCCUGCGUGUAAAAAAUCUGGAAAUAUGCACUCAUUUUGGUGGGAAAAGGUUAUUUUGUCUGCUGCCAUUUAGUGCUACGUACUAAAACAACUUCCAAUGUAGCAUUGAAAACGGUUGAGAGAGCAUCAACGGGACUAACAUGCUAAAUGUGAUAACUCGCAAGUAAUUUGCGUACACCCCUAUCCUGAAACACAGCUGCUAGCCUGACAUUAACACUCCCGAUGCUCCUUGCUAAUACUGCUAAUCUCAAGGCAGGACUUAUAAAUGCGAGGAAAGACUUAUUCAUUUUUGUGCCCACCAUCAAAACUUUCAUCCCUGAUACCUGCCGGGUUCAGUACCUCUCUGUGCUGAUUUAUAGUAAAUUGAUUCCUCAGAGACACAGGUGAAGUGUCUCCUGCUGUCGCCAUAGCAACCCCCAAGGUCCCUCUCUCUGUUUCCAUCCAUCUCUCUUCUCCAUUUGUUUCCAUCACCAUCAGCCCACCCAGUGGAGACAAGUUGCUUCCAGAAGAUCGGUUCUCACCUCCUGACGUCAGCGUCCCUGACGCUGGAGGCCGAGCUCUCCCAAAACAUCUCAAGGUGACAUAAGAAGGGGAAAUCAGCAGGGUCUUUUUUUAACCCUUUGUAGCACAGAUUUGUUUAUUCUCCGAUGAGUCAGAUUAGUCAGAUUAAUUACAUAAUGUGAUUAGUCAGGGGUCCUUGGACCAAACAGGGGAAAGUGACACAUCUACAGUUCAUUGCAACAAAAAUGGACACAUUUUUAAUUCAUUUGUCUUUUGCGUCUCAUUUGUUUAGGUUUGCACCGACCAAAAUUAACCAUUAGCUCCUUUUUUAUACAAAGUUUUGGUAAUCUAUCAUUUAUGAGAAGUAAAGAUUAAGGUAUAAAAAGAAAAUUCAUUUCUAUCCUGGAAAAUUCAGCCAAAGACUAGAGACAUUUCUGUCUCUUCUUCUUUGCUCUUCUUACUCGUUCCACUUAAACCCAUAUUCUACCCAAUAGUUUACUCUGUGUCACUGAACAGUUAGAAAUAUCACAAUAUAACCUUUAUAUUUCUUAUCUGCAACUUUGUUACAGCUGUAUCUUCCUUAGGCAAUGUCUGGGUGAAAUCGUUUAACAAACCAACCUAAAGGAGUAAAAGGAAAGUGCUCCAAACAUGCUAAUAAAUGCUAAGCUGGCCACCAUCCAAAGGUAUAAACAAGCUACAAAGGGUUAAAUAUAGUUUAAAGGAUCCUAAUAUUUAAGGAAUAAAGAUCUGUUGGUUUAGAGAUGCAUUGGGGGAACUCUCCGAAGCAACUACCAACCAUCCAUCUCAUCACCACGCAAACCAUCGGACACUCGACCCAGUAGAAACCGAACCAGUGCCACAGUAGAAAACCAUACAGGAUUCACUCAGCAAGUUGGGGAAAAAAGAGAAAAAAUAAACAUACAUGGCAAUUUAAGAUAAAAGAGAAGUAUUUAAUUACAGAUUUGCAUGUGCAAUGUGCAUGCCACUAUGUGGGGUAACAAGUCAACUUCAGGAAUUAAAAAAAAAUAAAUAUAAAGAAAAAAGUAUAUAUAUGUAAAAAUAUAUAUAGAUAGAUGUUUUUAAGAGCAAUGUGUUUCUUUUUUCUUCUAUUUUUAAAAACAAAAAAAUAAAAAAAACCUGCCAAAAAAAUAAACAAAAACGAAAAAAAAAAAAAUCAUCCUGAUUAAAAAAAAAAAAAUGGAAAUGACUUUGGUGAUGAAAUCAAAGAAUGUUUGUUUGUUAUAUUUGCCAGUUAUUUCACGGGGGAAAAACCGUGGGGGAGCAAGGAUAGAUAACACUUAAACUAACAGUACAAAAAAAGAAAAGAUUAUAAAAAAGGGGGAGAAGGAAUACAAAACUUUUCCUCGAUGAAAAACAAUCCCUUUGAGAGUAAAGAGCUGCCUGAACCUGAAUCUGGUGAUGUUAUUCCCGUUUAUUCCGGCUAUGAAAUCCCUUCUUUCUCUCUCCCUCUCUCUUUCUCUCUUUCUCCGACCAUCUCUUUCUCUCCCUCUGUUUCUUUCUCUAUCUAUCUCUGCUGUUUCUACCAGUGCAUUUUGUAAUUUCAAACAGAACUCUUCCUAAAGAACCUGAAUAAACCAGAGAGAAUGC